AUGGUUUCCUUCUCAUUCUCCAAGGCUGCCUCAGCCCUCGUGCUCUUGGUCGGUCUUACUGACGUCUGCAACGCCGCCGUGCAGUGCGAUGUCAUUAGCAGCUCCCACUGCGGCACCAACAGCCACCGCCAAACCCACAAGCUGCCCACAAGCGUAGGAUCGACAUACUACAUUGACGGCUUCCACGGCGGUGUCAUGAAUGCCAAGUUUCAGUCGAGGGUGCAGUCCGUUCCUGGCAACUCCGAAUUCACCGACAUCACUUACAACUUCAACCUUGGUGCUUAUGACGGCACAUACUGGAUCCUUCUCCCGACUUCAUUUGGCGGUGCCAAUGAGUGCUUCGCCGUUUACAAGAACUGCGAUGUCACCAUCAGGUUCUGGGACAACAAGGACCCUCUCCCCGGCACGUACACUCUAGUAUAG